UGUCAACAGUACGCGCAAUACAAUAAAAAUUAUAAAGUACGCAUAAAUUAAGAAACAAUUGCCACAAACAAAGGCUACAAACUGAGCACCCAAGCAGUAGCAUGUAAAGAUGCUAAAGUACAUCAAGAGGCAAACCAGCCGUCGUCGCAGCAGCGCCCACAACGCGGUGGCCACUGAUGAUGAUGUGGACGUGAUAGACUGUGCGGCGCAGAAGAAGCGCCAUUCGCUGCGGUCCACAACCAGUUUCUGUGAUGAGGUUUUUAUGGAAGAGGAGGAAGGCGGCAACGGCAACGGCAACGAUGGCGCAUCCGAUGCCGUCAGCCUGCUGAAUGGCGGGGGCCCUGAUGAUGACAUAUUCAAGUACAAUUCCCGGCUCUCCAUGAAUCUGGCGGCAAUUGUCAGCGAACCGAAUUGUUUGAGCUAUUUCAUCCAGUACCCAGAGACGCGACAGGCCCUGCCCUUGAUCAAGUUCUAUCUAGAUAUAGAGAACUUUAAGAGGGCGGCUUUGAGCCAGACGGAGGGGGAGAACGAAGAGCCCGAAGCGCCUGCAACCAAAGCAGAACAAAAGCCAAACGAAGAGAAAGAUGUACCUGAACUGAAGACGCUGUGCGAUCUAUCCAUGCGGAAACCCCUCACGGACGACGAGAAGAGCCGCAUAUAUGCGGAGACCAACAAACAGAUCAAGAAACAGAAGGCCUGCAACGAGCUCUCGCUGGCGAGCAUCAGCGAUGCCAUAGCCAUCUAUCAGAAGUACCUGAUAGUCAAUGCGAAUCUGCAGGUAGAGCUGCCCAUUGUUAUCCUGGCGCACAUAUCCCUGCUUCUCUGUGGCCGGGAUAAGUCGCUGCCGAACCAUCCCAUCCUUGCCAGCUGCUUUGAUGAGGCCCGGGACUAUGUCUUGGAGCAGCUGGAGCGAGAGCAUGUGCAGGGCUUUCUGCAGAGCAGCUACUACUGUAACUACUGUCUGGAGCUGAUCGAGGUUGAGGGCACCAUUAACAUCUACGAUGUCCUGUACAGCGAGCUCGCUCUGUUCUACUUUACGGAGUAUCUAGAGCAGCAGCAGGAGCGCGAGUGCCUGGAGUUCUGGAUCACGGCCGUUAAUUUCCGGAAGAGUUUCGCCGGGGAUGAGGACCAGCAGGCGGCCCAGGCCGAUGCCAUGAUCAUCUACGGGAGAUACUUCUCCCUGCAGUCAGAGUGCCGUCUGUGGAUGUCCCAGAAGCUCCGGCUGCGCGUGGAGCAGGCCAUUUGCGGUCCUGAUGAGAUGUGGCAGGCCUUCGAUCUUGCCCUUCUCGUCACAGCCAAGUAUCUGGAGCAGAAGUACUUUGCUGAUUUCCUCAAGUCCCACAUCUUCGACAAUUAUGUAAAUGAACUAAAGGCGAAGCGGGGCACUCUGGUCACCGCCCAGGAUGUGCCAGAGUCCAGCAACAACUCUCUGUCGGGGCUGCAGCACAAGCUGAGCCUGCGACGGGCUUCCAACGUCUCCGCCCAGCAGCGGCAUCGCAAGACCAUGUCCAUGUCGGACUGCACGCACAUCUCGCAGCACAAUACCCUGCUGGCGGCGAUGGAUCACCAAACGAAGCCACCAGCAGCAGCUGGAAAUUUGAACAUCGAUGCACGGCAGCUGACGAAUCCACAGCUGCUCUGGCAGCGACCAGUGGGUGCUUUGAAAUUUGGUUUUGUCAACUCCCUGGGACGCUACGAGCGAGACUUUGAGGCGGUAGAUGCAGUGACGCUCAAGUCACAGCCGUGGUCGCUGAGCGUCAGCGGUAGCAAGAUCAAAAAUGCCAUGAGGAAGCUGGUCAAUCUGCCAGAGGACAAUGUGCAGGAGGAGAUUGCCUGGCAGGUGGCUGAGAUGAUUGUAAAGGAUGUGACUAGCAUUACCCUCAAGGGUGCCUCUGGGGUGCCAUUCUUUCGAAAAACUUUUCCGCCAAUAAGAAAAAAAGAAAAAGCUUUUCCACAAAACAUCUAUAAAAGACAGACCGCGUCACGUCAGCGGAUUCAGUCGAUUUGGGUGAACGUCAGCCGCUGGACUCUGGGGAAGAGGAGACGCCGAAGUCGAAGCCGAUUGCAGCAGAGUGGAAAUUGCAUAACGAGGAAAAGUGAAAGUAAUCGUCGAAAGGAAAACAUGUUUUAUGCGGUCAUCUGGAUUUUCUUUGCCACCCUGUUGGCGGUGCUUUUGGGAGGAGUACGCAAGCCGAAGAGAUUUCCGCCAGGACCCCGAUGGUAUCCGAUUGUGGGUAGUGCCCUGCAGAUCUCUCAGCUAAGAUGUCGCCUGGGUAUGUUCUGCAAGGUGAUCGAUGUGCUGGCCAGUCGGUAUGUGAAUCCCUAUGGCUUCUUUGGCCUGAAGAUUGGCAAGGAUAAGGUGGUGAUUGCCUACACAAACGACGCUAUCAGCGAGAUGAUGACCAAUGAGGAUAUUGAUGGCAGGCCCGAUGGCAUCUUCUAUCGCCUGCGGACCUUCAAUUCGCGUCUGGGAGUCCUCCUUACCGAUGGCGAGAUGUGGGUGGAGCAGCGUAGAUUCAUUCUGCGGCACUUGAAGAACUUUGGAUUUGCCAGAAGUGGCAUGACGGAUAUUGUCCACAAUGAGGCCACCUGCCUCCUGCAGGACCUCCGGGCGGUGGUGCGUCGUGAGGGCGGGCAUCAGGCCCGGAUCCAAAUGCACGAUCUGACCAGCGUCUACGUCCUGAACACCUUGUGGUGCAUGCUCAGUGGACAGCGCUAUGACCCGGGUUCCGUGGAGAUAACUGAACUGUUGGAGACCUUCUUUGAGCUCUUCAAGAACAUCGACAUGGUGGGUGCGCUGUUCAGUCACUUUCCGCUCCUACGAUUUAUUGCUCCGGACUACUCCGGCUACAAUGGCUUCGUCGAGAGCCAUCGUGCGCUCUACUCUUUUAUGAGCAAGGAGAUCGAGCUGCAUCGUCGCACCUAUCGGAGCUUCGAUGAGCCCCGCGAUCUGAUGGACAGCUAUCUGCGUGCUCAGGAGGCGGGCAACGACGACAAGGGAAUGUUUUCGGACGAAAGCCUGCUGGCCAUCUGUUUGGACAUGUUCCUUGCUGGGUCGGAGACCACCAACAAGAGUCUCGGUUUCUGUUUCAUGCACUUGGUCCUGCGGCCGGAUAUACAAGAGCGUGCCUAUGCCGAGAUCAAGGAGGUGGUGGGUCUGGAGCGCAUACCAGAGUGGACCCGGGAUCGCUCGAAGAUGCCCUACUGCGAAGCCAUCACCCUGGAGGCAGUGCGGAUGUUCAUGCUCCAUACAUUUGGUAUUCCCCAUCGUGCUGUCUGCGAUACACGACUGGCGGGCUAUGAGAUACCCAAGGACACGAUGGUCAUAGCCUGCUUCCGUGGAAUGCUCAUCAAUCCGGUGGACUUUCCGGAACCGGAGACUUUUAAUCCUGAGCGAUACCUGUUCGACGGUCAGCUGAAGCUUCCAGAGGCAUUCAAUCCUUUUGGUUUUGGCCGACAUCGUUGCAUGGGCGAUCUUCUGGGACGCCAGAAUCUGUUCAUGUUCACCACCACCGUUCUGCAGCACUUUAAAUUGGUUUCCAUCCCAGGGCAAAUGCCGGAGGAGGUGCCACUGGAGGGUGCCACAGCUGCAGUGAAGCCAUAUGAGGUCAUGUUGGUGGCCAGGACCCCAGAACAGGAAUGCUGAUCAAUCAGCGUGGGGG